UCAUUGAGAUCUCAGUAUUGGAGUUGUCAAUCCAGCGGAUAGCUGUCAGAGAGGAGAGGAGAGGAGAGGAGAGAGAGAGGGAGAUGAUUGCAGCAUAAGAAACCUUUGGGCAUAGGGAUCCAAGUCCCGGAGACGCUCCUGACAGUCCCACCGCUGCAGGAGAUUGCCCAUUCAGUAAACCCAAGAGGGAGACGGCCUUUCCUCUGCAUCAGUAUCUCCACCUCUCCUCCCUCUUGGUCUCGAGCGCCUGCUUGUUCUUGCGAGGAAGAAAGCGUACACGGCGAGACGACCGGUUUAGCUAAAGGCCUGCCAACAACACUCUCUAUUUCUUCUCUUUCGUGGAGAUCGCUGGGAGCGUGGUCGCUAGGUGUUGGGACGAGAAGCGCAAAGGGAGAAGAGAAGCAGGAUGCCGCAACAGAAUCAAGCAGAAGAAGCUGCCAUCGCGGCGAGCGGCAUUACUACCUUCAACAACGAGACAGAGCAGGGCGGCGGCAAGGAGGAGGACGAUGAGACGGCAUCGGUGUUCAGCAUGAAGAGCCUCCUCUGGCACGGCGGCUCCGCCUGGGACGCCUGGUUCAGCUGCGCCUCCAAUCAAGUGGCGCAGGUGCUGUUGACGCUGCCGUACUCCUUCUCGCAGCUGGGGAUGCUGUCCGGCGUGAUCCUUCAGCUGUUCUACGGCUUCCUCGGAAGUUGGACUGCCUACCUCAUCAGCGUACUGUACAUCGAGUACCGCACCCGAAAGGAGAAGGAAAACGUCAGCUUCAAGAACCACGUUAUCCAGUGGUACGAGGUGCUUGAUGGGUUGCUGGGGCCGUACUGGAAGGCCGCCGGCCUUGCCUUCAACUGUACCUUCCUUCUCUUCGGCUCCGUCAUUCAGCUCAUCGCCUGCGCCAGCAACAUAUACUACAUCAACGAUCGGCUGGACAAGAGGACAUGGACGUACAUAUUCGGCGCCUGCUGCGCCACCACGGUGUUCAUACCCUCGUUCCACAACUACAGGAUAUGGUCCUUCCUCGGCCUCGGCAUGACCACCUACACCGCCUGGUACCUCACCAUAGCCGCCGCCGUCCACGGCCAGGUGGAAGGCGUGGUGCACUCCGGUCCAACAAAGCUCGUGCUUUACUUCACCGGCGCCACCAACAUACUCUAUACCUUCGGCGGGCAUGCCGUCACCGUGGAGAUCAUGCAUGCCAUGUGGAAACCACAAAAGUUCAAGUACAUCUAUCUGCUGGCCACGCUGUACGUCUUCACGCUGACGUUGCCGUCGGCGGCCGCCAUGUACUGGGCCUUCGGCGACCAGCUUCUGACUCACUCCAACGCCUUCUCGUUGCUGCCCAAGUCGCGGUGGAGGGACGCCGCCGUCAUCCUCAUGCUGAUCCACCAGUUCAUCACCUUCGGCUUCGCCAGCACCCCGCUCUACUUCGUGUGGGAGAAGGUGAUCGGAAUGCACGACACCAGGAGCAUUUGCCUGCGCGCCCUCGCCCGUCUCCCGGUGGUCAUCCCCAUCUGGUUCCUGGCCAUCAUCUUCCCUUUCUUCGGGCCCAUCAACUCCGCGGUGGGGGCUCUCCUCGUCAGCUUCACCGUCUACAUUAUUCCGGCCCUGGCUCAUAUGCUCACCUACCGAACACCAUCCGCACGACAGAAUGCCGCAGAGAAGCCGCCCCUCAUCCUACCAAGCUGGACGGCGAUGUACGUGGUGAACGCCUUCGUGGUGGGGUGGGUGCUCGUGGUGGGCUUCGGCCUCGGCGGCUGGGCCAGCAUCACCAACUUCGUCAGGCAGAUCGACACUUUCGGUCUCUUCGCCAAGUGCUACCAGUGCCCCAAGCCCCAGCCGGCCCCUGCCCUCGCACCACAGCAGCAGCGCCAUUAGAUGUAGUGUGAUGCCUGCGACUUCCUCCACAAUGCUUCUUAAUACGAAAGAAAGGGAAUGGUCGGGUGGUGGGCUCUAAUGCCAUGCCCCAUUCGUGUUUGAUGCCUUUUGUGUACGUGAUUCAUCUCCCCUCCCUCGUCUCAUCGUUUUCCUUGUCGCGUUGGAACUUUGUCUAGUGUUACAAUAACGAUUGCUAGAAUAACUGGGUUGCAGCUUUUCUUGACCACAGCAA